AUGAAGAAGAACGUGCUGGAGUUCAAUGACGUCAACGCUUCGGUCGUCGAUCGCUUCGACGAGCUCUUGGGGCGGGGAGUAUCCCUGCAACUCAUCAGCUCCGUUCAUGGCGACCCUCGUAAGUCUUUCCUUUGGAAAAAUAACUUCUGUCUUAGUUACUUGCUUUUUGGUUUGCUUUUCUCCCCCACAUUUGGUGGGUUUUUUUAG